UCUACAGUCGCUCCCAUCCCGUGAAGAAGCGGAGCCACUGCCCUAUGCCGCGAAGCUGUUUGCUGACGCUCAUUGCCGAAGCUCUUCGUUCCGCCCGGCACUCCUCCGCUACAUAAAAAAGCUGCGUCGAGACGUUUUGCGGAACGGCGGCGGAAAGAAAGCAGUCUCGUCUGCAUGCUCUGCGGCAGAGACGAACGUAACGGUAAACUAACUUAUAGCCACGCCGGCCGGUUUGGCCGCAGGUGUUGUCGGGCGGACGCAAAGCUAAAGCCGAGAGCUAGAGACAGUCCGCACAUCAGAAUGAUCAUCCAGGGCGGUGCGCUCCACCAUCAAGGCACUGUGCUGCUGCGCAUGCAGGGCAGCGGUCGAAUGGAAGCGACCGUUCAAGGAGCGGGGGAUAUCAGUCUCACGAACUCCAGCGACACAACAUCAUGGCAGAGGGCGGACUUCUACAUCCGGCAGAUUGGGUCGUUCUUCUCGGCCGUCGUUCUCUUCCCGGUGAUCGUCAUGAUAAUCAUGAUACUGGCUUUGCCUGAAGUCCGCCGAGUGCUGUACUAUCGCUACAUGGCGGCUGUUGCGAUAGUGACGUCAGUGUGUGCCAUGCUGGCCGUUGUGGCAUUGAACUCACCUCAUAACUCGCUCAAGUGCAGAGUAGGGGGAGUUUGCAUGCAGUCGUUGAUCACGCUGCUAGUUUGCCUGGCGAGCUGCAUGGCCGUCGAAGACUAUCUGUACACGCUGAGAAGGUACAGCCCUGAGUUUGUACGGUAUACGCGCAACGCCUGUCAGGUCGGCAUGAUUACCAUCACCCUCAUCUCGACCACUGUGGCAGCUCUCCUAACGACAGCCAAAAAGUACAAUAGUGAUGAUCAAGACCAGUGUUGGACGUGGAUGUCACACUUCUGGACGGCCAUUGCUCCGCUGCCUGGUGUGGUCCUGCUGACCAACCUAGUCUUGACCGGCAUGACCGUGCGCGCUUUCCUGGUGCCGCACCGCGGCCAGCAUCGCAUGAUGAGCCACACGUGCCUGAGCCUGACGUGCACCGUGGCGCGCCACGUCCUGCUCAACCUGCAGCUGUGGGUGUUCGCUGGCCUGCUGGCCUACUCCCUGCUGCCGGCCAUUGGCAGCGAGCUACUGGCCGUGACAUUCUCCAUGCAGAACUGCACUCUGCUCGUGUCUCAUUUGCCGCUGUCGUCGAUGACGGUUGAGGCUCGUGUGAAGCGCGAGCUGUUUGCUCACUUCCAAUGGGCCAAUCACCUGGCCGCGCGGGAGGUAUUCCGCCAGCCGGCCAACGAACGGUCGCCACUGUUUGUCGGAGGAGGUUCAAAUUACUCCUCAUCAUCUUCACGGGGCUCAUCAUCAUCAAGAUAAAUAAAUGUUGCAUAAUACUUAUCUUCACGCACAAGGUCACCCGUGCAGUGGAUUCGGUAUCUACCACGACUUUCUUACUCUACACAAUCAUCAGGAGACUGAUUCUAAAACCAAAGAAUGUACCGGUACAUUGGACUAUAUCCCUAUACUGAUCUUCAUCCGACUCUGUAAGCUUAGCCAUGAACUGCUAGUACAGAGACUGGCGGAUUGGCAAAGGGAAAAUCCCCUCAUCCUGGCUUCGCCUGAUCGGAGCUGCCCACCCAACUGUGAUCUAUCUAAACUUUUGUACAUGAUAAGAUAACCGGGAGAGAGAAAUAUUACACAUACAACGGAGGCGAAAGGCGGUGUAGCUGAAACUUCAAGUUUCACGCAUUUCGGCGAUCAUCGACAGCGGCAUUUGAGUAACGGAGACAGUAGCAUUAUAUAGCCGAAUAUGUCUAGAACUAUAAUUGUAGUAGAAGAUAAUUACGUAGAAGCUUAUAUGAUUCGUUUGUAUGAUACAUCCACCGGAAUCAAGCGGCAGAGACCGCCGCUCGUGCUUGCAUUGUAGCUCUGCCGCCGCUCCUUUGUGCAUUUAGUGCAUGGGCAGCUGUACAGCGUAUCCUUCUCUCAUGCAUGCGUGCCAAUGACCCUGACUUUUGAGCAGACUCAGUGCUGGAAGUGCUGUAUAACGUACACAUAAGGACGGUACGGAUCGAUGACCAUUGAG